ACGAUUCUAAAUCAAAACAGCGCAUGCGCGAAUUCAAGGUGAAUCUGCAGGGACAGGCUACUUGCGGGAUGAAUUUAUUUAGCAUUAGCUUCUGCGGUUAUGCUAACUAGCCUUAAGUGACUUCGGUCUUUUGAACUGCACGAGUAAUAGAAAAUAUCACGUGACGCUAGCAGAUAGAACGACGAGUUGGGUCUAACACUCCUAUGGCCGCUAAGUAACGCUGGCUUCUACUUUGUACUUUACGCCGUUAGAAACAUAACUGGCAUUGCAGGAGAACAGGCCUACCAGGAUGGCCAGAGUGCUGUGCAGCAGAGCCAGACUGGUCAGUUACCUCCCAGGGCUUCAUGUGUUGGUGCACCGUGUGGCUGGAGCCAGAGCCUUCUCUGCUGCUGGAUCAUCGGGCUCUGAUGAGCCCCGCAUAGCCAUCACUCCCUCUGACAUGGUGUGGCCCGAUGAGAGCAUGGGCCCUUUUGGACCUCAGGACCAGCGCUUCCAGCUGCCUGGUAAAGUGGGAUUUGACUGCCAUCUGCAGGGAUUAGCCGAGCAGAAGAGCCUGGCACAAAACAUGGUCCCUGACGUACUAUCUUCCCCGUCCAGCAGUGAGAGACAUGAGUUCAUUCUGGCCCAGGUCAUGGGAGAGUUCUUUGAGAAAGAUGACCGAUCCUCGUCUCAGAAUGGCAACAGAGCUGCACCGUACUUUGACAGCUCCAGUCUGGAGUGUGCCAUACAAUCCUGCCCUGAACUUCUCAAGAAAGAGUUCCAGUCCAUGUUUCCUGAAGCACCAUCCACUGGUAUGAUGGUGGUCACAGUGACCCAAAAGACCCAGAACGAUAUGACGUCAUGGUCUGCUGAGGUGGAACAGGAGAGGGAGCAGAUGCUUGACAAGUUUGUUGAUGGAGCGAAGGAGAUCUGCUCCGCUCUGCAGAGGGAGGGCUUCUGGGCGGACUUCAUCGACCCCUCCUCCGGCCUGGCGUUCUUUGGCUCGUACACCAACAACACACUGUUUGAGACGGAUGACCGAUACCGCCACCUGGGCUUCCAGAUCGAGGACCUGGGAUGCUGCAGAGUCAUCCGACACUCUCUUUGGGGGACGCAUGUUUUUGUGGGGACGAUAUUCACCAGCGCACCACCCAGCAGCCUCAUUAUGAAGACGUUGCGGAGCAGCUGAACACAUGCUCAGAAACACUGGGUUGCCAUUUAAACUAACACAAUUAUUUAAGAACAUUAUGAACUUCCUUCUUUGUGUUUUUGCCUUCUAAUAUGUAUGUAUUGAUUUCUAUUCCUAGAUUGCAAUCUGAAAGCUUGGGUCUUCAUAUUAAACUGGUUCUUGACUAAA